AUGUUGUUUCCAGCACUGAGUGGCCUCUUGGGUCCCUUGUUGGCCGUUUUAUUGGUAGCAACGCAUCCUGACACCUCCUCCAUUCCGAGCAUCAAGAAACACCACAAGACCCAUCAUCACGCUUUUUUGUCCUCUUCGUCAUCAUCCUCCUCCAUAAUUUGGAUAGAUUUGGAAAAUGUCCGUGGUCGAUCUGGCUUUCGAUGGAGUCAUCAAGAUGUGCUGGACGCCACGGUCCAAUGGACGCGCCAUUGGAGUCUCGAUGGACGCGUCGUCGUGGUGGCCGAUCAUGGCUCCGUCCGUGCGGCUUACUCUUAUCAAGACAUAUUGGCGGUGGUCUUUAGUGGCAAUCGCGCCAAAGCCGACGAUGUUCUGGCCCAUCACGUGGGUGCCGGGCACAUGGUAGUGACGGCCGAUACCGAACUCCAAUCGCGGUGUCAACGAGGUGCCUCUCAAAGAAACAAGAAACAACAACAACCAGACAAUUCUGAUAGGAAGCUCAAGAGAGGACUCUAUUUUCUGGAUCCGACCACUUUUCUAGACGAUUUGGAAGCCACUUUGUUGCAACAACAAGAAGAUGCUCCCACAAGUAAUGAUACACCCGAACGGUUGUCGUUCUUGGAGGACGACCCAGAAGAUCUGUCACUCCAACGACUCGAUGACGAAAUCCAAUUACGAGCCAUGAUUUUGGACACCCAAGUGCAAUUGGAUUCUCGACGACGACAACAGAAAAAAAGAAACCUUACCAACAAGAAAAAGAAAAAACUACAAUCCAAACUGGAUGCCCUUCAAACCAAAUUAGUAGUAGCCAUCAAAAACAAUAAUGGCCACUCGGUCUUGGAUCAAAUAACCAACAACAAUAAUAGCAAUGACAAUACAGAAGAACAACAACUCAUUCUCCAACGAUGGAAGGAUAUCCAACGGACCCGAAAAGAGCAAACGGGAGAUCGAGUGGUCCUGGCCGAACAGCUCCGACGCCAAUUGGAAGCAGCAGAACAACAGGAGGACACUAUUUUGGAUUCUUGGCAGGAAAGCCCUGCACACGAGUUUAUCCGACACUUUAAUAGCCUGGAACCCACAACAACAACAACACAGCCAUCCAUCGUAUCUUCCUCCAACGCAGUAUUGAACAAUCAACCUAUUGAUGUCACCACCAACAACAACAAUGGCCAACAUCCUCAGCCAACCACUCAGGAGAUUCUAAUGGAUCCCACUCUCAAUCCACUACCGGGUCUCAAGACGCUUAGGAUUGUGGCUAUUUCCGACACGCAUGGAUUUGAAGGGCAAUUAUUGACAGAUCACGAGGAGGAUUCAUUAUCAUCGCAACAAGCGAAGGAUGACGAUUCAGCGAAACUCAAUGGUGCCAGUAGUAGUGAUAUUCUACCUCCCGGAGACAUUUUGUUUCAUUUGGGAGACUUUGCGUUGGAAGCAUCGGGGUCGGCGGAACGCAAAGCAUUCCAACGAUUUGAUCAGUGGUUGGCGAAACAACCACAUCCCAUUAAAAUUGUCGUACGAGGGAAUCACGAUCCUCCUCUGCAGCAGUUUGAUCAAUCCGGUGCCUGGUACAUUACCACACCCACCAGUAUCCCCCUCACACCCAAUCUCAUGCUCGGGGUCAUUCCCCAUGGUCCGUCGUCUACCAAACGCAACAAAAAACGACAUCCACUUCCACAGUCGUGUGAUAUUUUGGCCACACACGUUCCACCUUUCAAGACAUUGGAUCGCACAUUCACUGGCAGCGCCGCGGGGAGCAAUUACUUGACGAGAAUUGUCAAGAGUAUGAAACAUGGACCACCGCGAUUGUGGUUGUGUGGACACAUUCAUGAAGGACGAGGAGUGGCCCAACGACAGUUUGGUGGAAGAGGCAUGACCACUACCGUCGUCAAUGCCGCCAAUGCCAAUCCCGGUCGUGCCACGCAUCUGCAACAUGAGGCGGUGGUGAUUCAAGUUGAAAAUGAAGAUCGACUGUUGCAACGGAGUGAAGCCGUCCAGAUUGUAUCCAUGGAACAACAACAACAUGACGGUCGUUGCAAGGACGCUUCCUCCAUGAUGACACAGUUGUAUGAAGCGACGCAAGGGGAAAGUGAUCAUGAUAUGGACACUACAUCCUUGAUGCUGGCCAUUGAUUUGGGGCUCAAAUCAGGUGCGGCGCUCUUUAACAGCCAGGGCCAGUUACUUCGGUACGAACAGUUUCAAUUUGACAUUGAAGACAUAGCCAUGAGAACCAGGCAGCUCGUUCUGGAUUGGGAACGAGAUGCCAAUGACGAAACUUUCAUGGAGAAUGUUGCCAACAACGGGAACGACAAUAACAACGACCAACAUUCGGGCAGCUCCAAGCGAAAGAGUCAAUUGACACACAUUGCCAUUGAAGGAGUCAAUGGGGACAUGCUACGAGCUUGGGAAGAAGCUGCCCCUUCACUUUCCGUCCUCCGAGUACCACCCGAAGAAUGGCGAUCGGAACUGCUCCACAAGAAGGAACGCUGCAAUGGCGGCCAAGAUGCCAAGGCUGCGGCUCGAUUGAUUGCCCGGCAGAUUGUCAACGACUACGGAAUCAUGGGGGUGCACGAGGGCAAAUUCAAGACGGAUGUGGCCGAAGCUGUUUGCCUGGGUUUGUAUGUCAGCCGAAGACUCGGUUGGAUCCAACGUGACCCCGCCGUACGACGGUACAGCAAUGGAAAUAUCGUCGUUCCACCAAAGAAAAAGCCAUGA